AACACUUCAUGGCCCCCCACCCGACUCCAUACACCAAUAAAACCAGCCUGUCCAAGGCUGUGAACCAUUAUGUCGCUGCUCUCUCUGCUCCCCCUCUUCUCCUCCUAACAACAAAAGGAGCAGAGGAGGUGGAGGAGUCACCUCUCUCUCUCUCUCUCCCUCUCUCCUUGUUUCAUCUCUCUAGAUCUCUUUGUGCUGCUUCAUUAGAUUAGCAUGGCCACCUUCCUGGAGAGCAUCCAAAAGAGAAGGUUCUUUCCGAGCAUGCCACUCAAAGACGACCUCCCAAUUUCUCAAGGCGCCCAAAAGGACACCCACCUCAUAGGCCUUAGGAAGCGGAUCUCCUCCUUCUCGGUCAAGAUCCAGCCCAUAUCCUCGGCCUCUACCGAAUGGGCCUUCCGGAGGUCCAAGUCCAUGCCCUCCGUCCUCGGCGGCUUCGGCUUCGGCUUCACGGCCGCUCCGAUACGGCGCUGGUGGGAUCUGGGCUGGCGUUGGAUCCUCUCGCGGAAGCCGGCCUUCGCCGGCGACCUCGAGAUGAACGAGGAGGAGACUGCAGUCCUCGGCCGCCAGAGCAAAGGUAGCUUGCGCCACAUCUUCUACAAACUGCGCUCCGAGGUUCGGAAGCUCGUCGGAUCCGAUAAGCUGCCGACCACGCAGAAAUUCAGGUACGAUGCCAUCAACUACGUGCAGAAUUUCGACAAUGCCAAGCAGCUCGAACAAUGAGUGCGGGAAAGAAUUAAUUGGAGCACGCCUAGUUUGAAGCAUGCAUGGGUGAUCUUCAGAUUCAGAUAUUUUUGUUCGUUUUUUUUUUUUUUUUUUAAUCUGCUUUUCUGGGGAUGGAAAUUAAUUAAUGGUGUUCGAAUCGAAGGGACGGAUGGUUGGCUAGAAAUUAUGCGCCAGAUAAUUUAUUAUUCGUCGAUCGUCGUAUUUUGGUUAUUAUUAAGUGAUCUAUAUAUUGAGAACUGAUACCAGGGAGGAAACUUCGACCGCACUCCAACAGAUCUACAACUCUGAGACGCUCAAGAGUACUGUUAUCUGCUAUCAAUCCUAGAAAUGUAAUGUAAUCUAUUUCUAUUUUUUAUUUUUUUCAAUUCUUUUAAGUUAUUAAGCAGACCGUGCAAUGUAAUUAAAUAUUCUCUUUCAAUAGUAUUAUGAAAUUGUAGCUACUCA